AUGUCCCAGCCUGCCAACGGACCGGCCUUUGGCCCUCAAAAUCCCUUCGAUCUCGUCGAGUUCAUGAAAAGGGACGACUUGACGCGCCAAGACAAGAUACAAUGCUGGAUUUUCAUCGACCGUAUUUACGACAAUCUGGUCGACCGCAACGGAGUUACGCGGACAUUAGAAGCGAUUGCUCAGAUCGUCCAAAAUCCUCUCUUCAACCCCCAACUCUCGGACAACACGCUCCUUACAGGAGUCAACCUUGCAUGGGAGGUCUACAAAUGGUGCUCUUUCCUCCAAGGCAUCGACCUACUAGACCAGGGAAUCGCGAAGCUCGGCCAGACGAAGCCGUUCCUCAUUGGCCUCGAGCAGUACCUGACCGCCGCUGAGAGAGAAAACCGACGUUCCACACCGCGAGAGACAAAGGAGGAGCCGAAUCAUCGUCCUCUGCCAGCGAACCUAGUCCAAUCCUGGAGUGACGUUUUGGCAUUUCGUCAUUGGUACCGAUCCAUAACAAGGCGGCCGGUACAGGCAAAUCCAGGAGAUGUCCCGACGAACUUCGAACGACGAGCUGAAAUUGCCCAGCUCUUUUAUGACGCCAUUAUUGAAGAGCCGGAAGACAUGGUUGAGACAAUCGUCGCCGAUGAAGAGGAGGAAGAUAGACAUUUGCAGGCGAACAGCACCAACGCCGGAAAGAAGAAGAAGGCGGUUCAUCCUCAGAAUAGCACCAUCGCCAAAACUGAGAAGGAAGUUCAGAUUCAUCCUCAGGUCAUGAGGGUCAGACGCAUCUCCCCAUUGAGCAAGUUCGCUUUGAGUUGGGAUUUAGUGCACCAUGUCGAGAACGAGGCCUUGGGUACCCCAAUCACGGCCCCGUACUCCCACGAGACCUACCCAAAGGGAGCGAGAGAUUACGCGGGAUAUUACGAUAUAGUUCGGUCCGUCCGCGAGCUUGUUUCUCGGUCAAAGGCAGCUGUCGUGAACUCGACAGAGGUUCACUACCUCGCCCGCGCUAGCGCGCACCCUAAGCAAGAGAUUAAUACCAAGAUAACCAACAAGGGCACCAACAGAACACGGACCCGUCAAGUCAAAGCCGGUCAAAAGGUUCUUGCCGAGAAGAAACGGAAGAUCCCGGCGUCCAAUGUAACAAGCAAGGCCAAGGAGGCCAACCGACCCCAAACCCACGAAGCCACGCAUGUUACGAGGCCACCCACCAUCAGUGAGAGGAUGGCGGAGGAGUACGAGGCUCAGGCGGCUGAACUCGGACUCCAACUGUUCGAACCCGAGCUUGGCGGACAAGCCAAUACGUUGGAGUACAACAAUAGCAACAUUAUCUUGUCCAACAACGGUAUGGGCUCGUCUGGUGCCCCAAUCGGUAUAAACCCGGCCUCUUUAGUACGGAGCUCCCAGGCAGCUGAGCUUUCCACACACCCUACGGCCCCGUUUGGACCUACACCAUCCUUUGGAGAACCCUACGAUUACACAGGCUUCAUGGCUCAGGUGCCGGAGACACAAACUUGGGAUGCUGCACCUUCUGCUCCUGGUGCUGCUGCUUUAACCCUUGCUGCAAACAACAAUUCCCAAGAGACCGUUCCGGAUUAUGACUUUGACUGGGACUACUGGAUUCAACAACAGUGGAAGGACGGCGAAGAAGUCAACAGCAACGAGGAUGAGUCGUGA